AUGGAAGUCACCAAGAAGGUGGGGGGCCCUGAUCCACCGGGCCCCCAAGGCCACCCCUCGGCCAGCAGCCAGCAGCCAGGGGGUGGCCUCAGAAGGUCUGAGGGACCAUGGAUAAAUUCAGGAUCUGUAUACUUCAGGCAGGGGUUGUCCUUGUCCCCUGAGGCCAUCACUGAUAGGACCUGCGGCCCUGCCUCCCAGGCCCAUGCCCCUGACCCUGUUCACCAGCUACACCAGGAUCCUGCUGACAUUGGCUCCCAGUGUGUCUGUGAGAGGGCCUCCCAAGAUGCCCCAAGGCCCCCCUCUACUAGCCCGUUUCCAAGCUCCAUCGUGGGAACCCCAACGCAUCUCAUCAUGGAGAACAGGACCCUGGCCCUCCCUGUGGGCACACACAGUGACAGCUCCAGUGACACGGUCCAGCGUGGAUUCUGCCGCUUCCGGGUUCAGGCGCAGGUUGCACGGCAGGGCAAAGCUCCCGCUAAAGUCCUGGUAGGCUGGGGCAAAGGCCCCUGUAGCCCUGACCAGGUAGCCCCCUUGGGAAGCAGGAAGAGCCGGUGGCUACCCUAUCUCCUUUCAGGGGAUGAGGGCUCCGCUGCAGGCCAAGAUCCUCUUCUGACUCCAGGCCAAGGUCAAGGCCAGGACAAGUGCCCAUGUCCGGCCCAGACUCCUCCAACUCCAACUCAGGCAAAUGCUCUAGCUGUGGCUCCAACUCCAAUGCCAGAAGUAGUUAAAACUUUUACCUGCAUCUCUGGCCACUUGACAGACACCACUAUCACAACCAAUAGCCUGUCCCAAGACCUCCUCCCCAGCAAGAGUGACAACCAGUGGCCAGUCCUCUUGGAGUCUUCCAAAGUGGUCUCAUCCCUCCAGGACAAAGUGGAUUUUGGUUUUCAGAAGGAGCCUCCCAACCAAAUGCCUUCUCCAAAUGAGUCCUCAGACCAUGUCCAGGAGAUCAAGGCUGCCAGAACACAGGUGUUAUCCAACCUGCCUGAGAACCCAGUGGAGAAGGCCCCGGUUUGUACCUCUAGGCCAGGCAGCCCAACACCAGGCUCAGGGCCCCCAGGGACCCCUAAGUCCCAGAGGAAUAGCCAGGAGAACUGCAGCUCUCAGCCAGACCAGCAGCCUCUCAACAUUUGCAACAAUACCUACUCCAAGGUGCCCCAGUCUGCCUACCCAGACGCCUGCCACAAGCAGUCACCUGUCCAGUCUCCCGGGGAAACCAACCAGAUUCCCCCCUCCACGGCCCCUACUUGCCAGCUCCAGAAUGCUGUGGAAGACCGCGUGCUGGUGUUCGAUAUGGCCACGGGGAACACCAGGAUGGGGCUGCUGUGCCAUGACCCCACGGGUUCACGGGCAGUGCUGCUGGGUGUCAUGCCCAACCACCCAUCUGUCUAUGUUCCCAAAAAUGUGUCGUCUGCUCCACCAUUAGGCAUGCCCAUCCUUUCCCCUGACCACAAUCGCCCCAACUUCUGGUCCACCUCGCCCAUUCUGUCCAGCCCUGCGCCCUCCAGCCUCUCAGCUGGAAGCUACCGAGAGGUGGCCCUGGUUUCCAAGGAGGGCAGGCUCAACUUGGAGUCGCGGGACUCCCCGGGUACUGAGACACCCAUCAGGGUGUUCACUCGGUCCGUUCCGCUGGGGACGCCCCUCCAAUCCAGUGAGAGGAGAUUGAGCCAUGUUCACGAUCCGGGCUGCUCCAAACCUGAUGCAGAAAAAAAUGAAACUAGUCAUACCAUCUGGAAGCUGAACCCCUCCAGGAUGCAGGACACCUCCACGAUCCAGCCGAAGAAACUGCAGUGGAUGAUCUCAGAGCAGCCCGCAGAGCCUGCCCCUCAAGCCCCAACCCAGGAGGUGUCCAGACCCCUCCUUCAGGAGGAUACAGGCAAACAUGACCAGAAAGAGGUCCUUACCGCUCACCCUGACAGCCUUGGAGCUGAGGGUGCUGGGCAGUGCUCCCUCACCAGGCAGACCCACUUUUCUGGACAGCCACUCCUGGCCGAGCAGCCUCCCUCCUCCAGGAAACUCUCCCUUUCCGGUCAGGUCCCUGUCACUGGAACCUCUCUUGCCAGGCAGAUUUCUCUCACUGGGCAGCCUCCCUUUCCCCAAGAACCCCCCAUUUCCAAAGAGCCCAUCGUCCCAGGAAGGUCCCCCAUCACCAGGGAAACUGGCCAGGCCUCCACCUUGUGCCAGGAAGGGGAGCCCUUGAGCUUGCCGGCCCACGUGGGGGUGCUUCAGGUGCCCCUGGCCCCUGAGGAGACCUGUGUCUACAUGAGCAGGGACAAGGUCAGCGUCAGAGCUGCUGAAAGCUCCAGCACACAUCGGGUACCAUCCUGGCAACCCGGAAGCCCCCCCAGCACCCAGGGGGAACAGUUUUCCCUGGUUACAUUCUCCACACCUGGCACUGGCUACAAGGUCCUGCCCAUGGCCAUGGUGGGCGCUGAGCCGCAGGGUCCCCGGUUCAAGCUGACACCCGAGGACAUCUCACACCCAUCAGUGCUUGCACACCUUGGCCUGCUCCACGGGGCCUGCUACGAGCUGGUGCCCACCGCGGGCACUCUGUCAGUGCAGUCCCCACUGCUCUGCCGUCACUCACUGGGCCCCUACCAGGACAUGGCGGCGGUGGUGAUUGACACGGGCACUGGCUUCACCAAGUGUGGACUGGCUGGGGAGGACCACAUCCUCAGCGUGGUGCCCUCACGUGUCCAGCUGCUACAGCACCCGGCCCAGGAUGAGCCCCGGUACACGGUGCCUGAGAACCAGGAGGCCUCCUAUUCAGUGCUGAAUCGAGGCGUGGUCUCCGACUGGGAUGCCCUGGAGGUACUGUGGCAGCACCUGUUUUACUGCAGGCUGGGUGUGCGGCCGGAGGAGCUGGCGGUGCUUGUGGCUGACUCGCCCAUCUCGCCGCGCACCAACCGAGAGAAGGUGGCUGAGAUCCUCUUCGAGCGUUUCCACGUGCCGGCCAUGCAGACAGUGCACCAGGCCCUGCUGGCGCUCUACGCCUAUGGGCGCACCACGGGGCUGGUGCUGGGCAGUGGCCAUGGCACGUCCUACGUGGCACCUAUCCUCACUGGGGAUCUGGCCCCCCUUGACACCUACCGGCUGGAUGUAGCUGGGGCUGACCUCACUGAAUAUUUGGCUCAGCUGCUGCUGGCGGGGGGCCACUCACCGCCCAAGGUGGGGCUGGUCAACCAGAUUAAAGAGGCCUGCUGCUAUGUGGCCAUGAACAUGACAGCUGAGGUGGCCCGCACCCAGACCCAACCCCGGGUGGACUUCGUGCUUCCAGACAAGCAGGUCAUCACCCUGGGCUCCGAGCGUUUCUGCUGCCCUGAGGCCCUCUUCCAGCCCAGUCUGCUGGGCCUCAACCAGCCUGGCCUCCCGCAGUUGGCCCUCCUAAGCAUCAGCCGGCUGGAGGCCAAGCAGCAGGAGGAGCUGCUGGCCAAUGUGGUGCUGGAUGGCGGCAGCACCCUGAUCAAUGGCUUUCCGGAGCGCCUGCGGCAGGAACUGGGCCCCCGAGCCACUGUGCUGGGCUCUCCCCACCGCGCUGUUGCUGCUUGGCUUGGAGGCUCCAUCAUGGCAUCCCGGGACUCCUUCCAGAGCCUGUGGCUCAGCCGCCAUGAGUACGAGGAGGAGGGCCCGUGGGCCAUCUACAAGUACCAUCUGUGA